AGUCAGUGUAGAGACGUCAAGACGAUCGGUCAAGCUUAAAAGUUAGUCUCAAAUCGGUGGAAGUGAUAUAUUUGUCUCAAGUUUUUCUCAACAAGGUGAUGAUUUUUUCUGCUUCUGCUUUUAUGCAGCAGCGUUCAAUGUGAAUUUCCAUUUAAAAAAAAUCUCCAAGUGAUAGUCGAUAAUUGAAAAUGAAAAAUAUUUGAGUGCAGGAAAAUUUUUAAUAAUACAAAAAUUUUGUUAAGAUUGUUGCUGAUGUAAUUAUCGGAGAAUAGAAAAGCGCAAUCCUAAACGAUUCGAUCACCAUCGGGACGACGCUAAACUAAAUUCAUCAAUCGUCGGAAAGUGUUAAUACUUUGAACUUUCGAGAUUUGUGAACAUGCAUAAAAUAACUGAGAAUGGAUGAACAUUCUUUAUUGAAGGACAUUAAACAAGAAAGCUUUCAAUUGGACAAUCUAAUUAAUAUGUAAUCAAAAUUUAGUUAAUUACAUGGAAAAUUUAAUUGAGCAAAUUUUAUUAAAAAGCAAAAAGAAGUGAAAUCAAAGAAAAAUAAAAAAAAGAGAAGAGAAUUCAGCGGUUUAAGAAAGAAAGGGAACCACAACAAUGUUAUUUAUUUCCGUCUGCAUAAUUAAAUUAUUUCUCAUCGCAACGUUGGCGAGUGGAGCCAUCGAGCAUAGGGGAAUUUUUUCGAAUAGUCUUCGCGAGGCCAAUUUAAUUAUUCCGCGAAAAGUGAACAACGAAGGCGAUUUUAUUUCGCAUGACUUAGUUCAUCACCACGCACAUGACUAUUACAAUGAAGAAACAGGAGAUUCAGAGGAUCACAAAGUUCAUUAUCAUAUUGACCUUCACAAUGAAACUCUUCACCUCGAGUUAGAGCCAUCAACAAGCUUCGUUGCACCCAUGAUGAUUGUGGAGCGUCACAAACGUGAUCUCCGAGAACGCCAUAAAAAGUCUCAUCAUAAAACGCAGUGCCAUUAUCACGGUAAAAUUCGCGGCCAUCAGCACUCCAAAGUAGCAUUAUCCACUUGCAAUGGACUGGCUGGCUACGUUCGUACGAACAAGAAUGAAUAUCUCAUCGAGCCAUCAAGAAAUCACAAAGUUUCAAACAAUGGACAUCCACAUGUUGUCUUCCAUCGCUCAGCCGUUAAAAACAAUCACGAAUCUGAUAAAAAAGGAGCCCAAAAGAGACGAAAGAAGAGAAGAAAACGUCGCCAUCACAGUAACUGUGGCACCAGGGAGCCAAGACGAUCAGCAGACACAAAAAUCGAGUGGCAAGCACAAGGAAAGGUUAUCGUUCAAGGUGGCCGAAGGGUAAGAAAUCAUCGUGAAAGAGAACGUGAACGUGAGCGUGAAAGGAAGCAUCACAACAAGAGGCGUGUUACACGUUCCGUGAUAAAGCCGAGACACGUUGAAGCACUUGUUGUUGCUGAUCCAUCAAUGAUGCAAUUUCAUGAAGGUGGCGAUGUCGAGACAUAUUUGUUGACCAUUAUGAAUAUGGUUUCGUCACUCUACAAAGACCCAACGAUCGGAAAUUCAGUUCACGUUGUGGUUGUUAAGAUAAUUCUGUUGGAAGAAGAGGAUGCCUACCAAGAUUUGAAUGUUACUCAAGUUGCCACUGCAACGCUUGAAAGUUUUUGCAGAUGGCAACGCACAUUGAAUCCCAAACAAGACGAUGAUCCACAACACCAUGACGUCGCAAUUCUCGUCACCAGACAAAAUAUUUGUUCAAACGCGGGUUGUGCCACACUGGGAAUUGCAAAUGUUGGUGGCAUGUGUCGAGCCGAUAAAUCGUGUAGUGUUAAUGAAGACAAUGGCAUAACUUUGGCACAUACGAUAACACACGAAUUGGGUCACAACUUUGGCAUGUACCAUGACACAGCAAAAACAGGAUGUGACCAUCGUAGUGGUCCAAUUUUGCAUAUCAUGACGCCAAGUUUUGAAGCGGAUACGGUUCAAGUUUCAUGGUCCAAUUGUAGUCGUCGUGACAUCACACAUUUUCUAGAUCAAGGCUUAGGGAAAUGUCUGGAAGAUCCACCAACACCUUUAGAAGAAUAUCAAUACCCAGAACUUCCUGCUGGUGCCAUGUACAAUGCAGAUCUACAAUGUAGAUUACAAUUCAACGCAACUGAUGAAGACAUGAAGGUGUGUUCGCAACUUGACGAAAUUUGUUCGCAGCUGUGGUGUUUGCUUAACGGAACUUGUACAACUUUGUUGAGACCAGCUGCGCCAGGCACUCAUUGUGCGAGACAUAAAUGGUGUCAAGAUCAGAAAUGUGUCGAUAUUGAAGAUCUUCCAGCUCCAGUUGAUGGUGGUUGGGGAAACUGGUCGGAAUGGGGACAAUGUUCAAGAGCAUGUGGUGCUGGUGUGUCAUUACAAACAAGAGAAUGUGAUCACCCAACACCAGUUCAUGGUGGCUCAUUUUGCAUUGGCGAACGAGCGAGAUAUAAAACUUGUAACAUUGAUCCUUGCCCUGCUGAUGAAUCAUCAUUCAGAGCUCAACAAUGUUCGAAACAAAAUAGCAAACCAAUCAAAGGACAACUUUAUAAUUGGUCGCCAUUUCUUGACACUCAUGAUCCUUGUAAACUUUAUUGCACUGAUCAAGACGACACUUUGAUUCAUGCUUUUGAUGCUGCUGAAGAUGGAACUUCUUGCAAUACUGGCACUAAUGAUAUGUGCAUUGGGGGAAUCUGCAAAAAAGUUGGAUGUGAUUGGAUUGUCGGAUCAAAUACAACAGAAGAUCAAUGUGGAAUCUGUGGAGGUGACGGUUCAACUUGCAGCACUAUUAAAGGAGAAUUUACGAAGAAGAUUAACAUGUCUGAAGGAUAUUACGAGAUAACUUUAAUUCCAUCUGGAUCACGUCAUAUAAUAAUUGAAGAAAUGGGACCAUCGAAGAAUUUUAUUGGCAUUGGAAAAGCUGAUUCGAAGGAUUUCUAUUUAAAUGGUGACAGAUUAAUUUCAAUGUCUGGUGAAUAUGACAUCGCUGGUUCAGUUGGAUUAUAUGAAAGAGAAAGUGAACAAGAGAAACUGAAAAUCCCGGGGCCAAUUAAAGAAGAUAUUUCACUUUAUAUCGUUUUCAAAGGCAAACAUAAGAAUCUCGGUGUUCAAUAUGAAUACACGCUUCCAUCAAACUCAACUAAUGACAAAACAUAUCAUUGGAAACUUUCCGACUUCACACCUUGCACAAAAACUUGCGGGGGUGGAGUCCAACAGAGAUUUCCUGUCUGUUACAAAAGAUACGAAGGAAUUGUCGAAGAAGAAUUGUGCUGGAAGAAUGCUGAAAACAAAAGGCCUGAAAAGAUAUCAAGGACAUGUAAUGACGAGCCUUGCUCUGCUUAUUGGUGGGUUGGUCCAUGGCAACCAUGUCCCGUAACAUGUCAACGAAUAACUGACAUUCACAAGCCAUUAAAAAAGCGAACAAUUCUUUGUGUAGAUCAAAAUGAAUACGCUUUGCCUUCAGAACAAUGUCAAGAUCAAACACGUCCAAGUGACUAUGAACCGUGCAGUUUAAUUUUGCCUCCAUGCAGUUUAGAUGAUAACAUUUUAAAUAACUCUGACUUUAGUGAUAAUGAAAUCCCUGAUACCAUUUAAAAUAUCUUUUAUUUAACUAACAUUAAUAGUAAGAAAGAUAAGAAGAAUUAAUUUUUUUAUUCAAUGAAAGCUUUUUGCAAUUUAAGUCACAGUUUAUUUAAAAUUAUAUUUCAAUUGGAAUGAAAGAUUUUUGUGACGUCGGGAAGAUUUGAAAUUAUCUACAAUGUCUGUGAGUGACAACGAAAUGGAAUUAACCUUUGAGAAGUGUCAUGGCGUGAAAGGUAAAUUUCCCUACAUCAAAAAUGAAUGAUUUUAAUCAUAAAUAAACUUUCUUUGUUAUCAAUAAUUAUCUAUAUUUGUAUCAGAGAACAUUAAGUUGUAUGUUUUAAUAUGUGUCACUGUCAAAGUGAUAGAGAAUACAAAAUUGAUUAAAGUUUAGCUUAACGUACUUAAUUAAAACAAUAUUU